AUGGAUUUUUUCCAGACCUCAAACCACAAAAACCAAUUCCAACACAACAAAAAGAGGCUAACCCAAGACCAAGUGAAGCUCCUAGAGCGAAGCUUUGCCUCCAACAAGAAGCUUGAACCAGAGCGCAAGCUUCUGCUGGCCAAGCAGCUCGCAAUCCCACCGAGACAGGUUGCGAUUUGGUACCAGAACAAGCGCGCGCGGUGGAAGACGCAGAGCCUUGAGCUCAACUACAAUGCAAUCCAAGCGAAGCUGGAAAGUGCCCUAGCUGAAAAGAGGAGGCUUGAGAAAGAUGUUGAGAGGCUUAGAGGCGAGCUUAAGAGGGCUCAUGAAGUUGUGUUGGCCUUGAACCAACAAGCACAAGUGUUUCCUGCUAAUCCUGUAAUUUGUUCAGUGUUUGAUUCUUCUAAUUGUAGUGAUGAGGUUGGUGUUGGAAGUUCUAGCAUGCAGCCGCAUGGGGAUCAUGCGGUUAAGCAACUUGAGGAGCUCUAUGCUUGUUUGAUUGGCAUGCAGUGA